AGUGUUACACUAUGCAAUAAAAUAAUUUUUUUAUUUCUACUGUAAAUUAAAACCUUUAUAACACUUAUAAGGUUUAUGUGUAAAAUACCGUUGUUCAAUAAAAUAAUGGAAACAAAAAUGUUAAUGCAACCGUCGCCGAGCACAAUCAAUCAGAUGUAUACCGAGUUGGGUACAUCUGAGACAAAAUUGGAUCUUGACGUGAAAAUUCUCAAAGAGUGGAUGCGAAAACAGCCUCACCUUCCGAACCCAGACGAUGAUGAAAACAUAAUUGAUGAAAAGCGACUCAAAACAUUUCUGUUGAUGUGUAAGAAUAGUUUGGAGAAAACCAAAGUAAUGUUAGACCAGCAUUACACUGUCAAACUCUCAGCACCAGAAUACUUUUCCAAGUGGGAUCCGACAUUACCAGAGAUAGUUCGAACAAUUAAACAAUCUUGUUUCUUGCCAUUACCAAAUCCUACACGCGAGGGCCACAGAGUUGGCAUACUUCGUAUAAGGACUGAAGAGGUCGGAAAUGUUGUAUUUGAUGAUUUUAUUAAAUUGUGUUUUAUGACAUUGGAUCUCAGAAUCUCCAAGUUAGACACCUGUAAAAAAGAAAUAGGCAUAAUUGAUUGCACCAAUAUGUCAAUGAAUUAUGUAGCAGCAUUUAUACCAUGUAUUAAGAAAAUCAUUGAAAGUGUGUUUGGGGCAUAUCCUUUACGGACACAUGGCAUUCACUUAAUUAAUACAAACAGUUUUGUAAAUCCAUUAAUAAAUCUAUCGUUAACUAUUUUGAAAAAAAAAGUUGCCGGAAGGAUGAUUAAUCACAAAUCCAUCGAAGAUUUGAAAAAUUACAUCGAACCUAGUGUUCUUCCACUGGACUACGGGGGGACUUACCCAAAGACGUCUGACGAAAUAAUAGAUGACUGGUACGAUGAAUUGAAGAAGCACCGAGAAUGGCUUAUAGCACAAUCUUCAAUUGUUGCAGAUAAUAGUAAACGACCGAAAAAUUCAAUUAAUCACUCGGAUGAUGUUGGAAACGAUAUUGAAGGUUCAUUUAGGAAAAUAGAAGUCGAUUAGUAACGAUUCAUUGUCAGUGAAAAUAAAUUAGUUAUUUCUUAAGCAAACAUCAUGAGGAAACAUCAUGCGGUAUAACUGUACAAAGAAGUGCAUCAUGCAUGCUGUUAUCUUGGCAAUAGAUUUAUUUAUGUGUAUUUUAAUUGAAAUUUUCUGGUCAAAAAGUAUUUUUUUUUUUUUGCCA